AAGAGAAAGAAAGAAAGAGAGAGUGAGAAGGAGAGUGAGAAAGACAACAAACAAAACAAAAGAAAAGUUCUCGAGAUGGACACGUGAUUCCGUGUGAAAGUGUUUUAUCGUGUUUUGUUUUCAAUAGAAGAGAGAGAUCCGGAAAAUGGCGCUAGAUUCGAAGACGUUAGUUUCAACUACGUCUACUAGUAAUUCGACUGCGAAUAAUUCGACAAAUCAUUGGAAAGAAUUGAGCAUUCCUUGCAUCGACGAUCCUUUCUUUCUUCUUUUUCAAGAUAUCUCUUACACUAGACGGGAAAAUGUCCUGGCGAGAGAAAGGAAGACCAUAUUAAGGAACAUUAGUGGAGAUUUCAGACCGGGUGAACUCACCGCCAUUAUGGGACCAUCGGGUGCUGGAAAAACAACGCUUAUGGAUAUCCUGGCAGGUUUUAUCACGUCGUCCUUCGAUGGAAACGUUACGGUGAAUGGCAUUGAAAGGAACCUCGUUGAAUUUAGACGUUCAUCUGCAUACAUUAUGCAAGACGACAAUAUGCAACCACUUUUCACAGUGGAAGAAGCAAUGCUAGUAGCAGCUGAUCUCAAACUUACUUUGAAGCCACGUGAAAGAUUGCGCAGGAUCGAAGAAAUUUUAUCUGUGAUGGGAUUGACAGAAUCACGAUUUACCCUUAUCGGUGCCCUAAGCGGUGGACAAAAAAAAAGAUUGGCCAUUGCAUUAGAAUUAAUUAACAAUCCACCAAUAAUAUUCUUAGACGAGCCUACGAGCGGAUUGGACAGUGUCACAUCGAAACAAUGUAUCAGAUUUUUAAAACAAUUAGCAUUAGAAGGACGAACAAUAAUUUGUACAAUACAUCAACCUAGUGCAUCUUUAGUUGAUAUGAUUGAUCAUCUUUACGUUGUUGCUGAAGGUUAUUGCGUUUAUACAGGUGGAUCACAUAAUUUGGUGCCAUAUUUAAGUAGUCUUGGUCUACGUUGUCCUACACAUUAUAAUCCUACAGAUUUUAUACCUUUGGAAUUGCCAAUAUUAAUGCGAGAACAUUUUAAUCGUUGGUACAAGCUACGAUCAUUUUAUCUUGCAAACAAAUUUGCCGAUUUUCCGGUACAAUUAACGGCAACGUGUAUAUACACGUUAAUAGUUUAUUUCAUGAGUAAUCAAAUAUUCGAAGCUAAAAGAUUAAUACUUUACGUACUUAUGUGUUUCGUCGUUACUUUGGUAGCACAAGCUAUCGGUUUUAUCGUUGGCGUUGGAUUAACAGUACAGAACGGUGUGAUCUUUGGACCGCUUAUAAUUCUACCAUUUACAAUAUUUAGCGGAUUUUUUGUACACCUUAAUGAUGCACAUCCAUAUUUGCAUUGGUUGUUUCACAUGUCUUUCCUAAAAUAUGGUUUCGAAGGAACAAUGAUUACGAUUUAUGGUCGUAUUGAUCGUUUUGUACAUUAUCCUAGAUACAAUAGCAUAUAUUAUAUUACGGGUAAGACUCAGAAAACGUAUAUAAUAAAUUAUAUAAUAAAAAAAAA